ACGGGAAAAAAAAAUGGCUCAGAUUCUGAGAGACAGAGUCUUUGGGAGCUUUCGCAGACACCAAAGCCAUCAAAGUGAAACCGAAACUGAAACUGCCAUGGCAAUUCGCCAAGUUGAGGACUUGCCCUCGCCGUUCGCCGACCUAAGUUCGAGCCUCUCCGACUCCGACCUCCGAGAGACGGCCUAUGAGAUCUUAGUCGCGGCGUGCCGGAGCUCCGGCGGGAAGCCGCUGACUUACAUCCCCCAGUCGGAGAAGACCGACCGGCCGGCGGCGGCGGCGGCUGUGGCGGCGUUGCCGUCACUUCAGAGAUCGGUGACUUCGACGGCGGCGAGCCGUGUGAAGAAGGCGCUAGGGCUGAAGUCGUUGUCGUCGAGUUCGCGGAGGAGAGCGGUCGGCGACUCGGCGGCGAGGGCGGCGAAGCGGUCGGUGACGUUGGGGGAGAUGAUGAGGGUUCAGAUGAGGGUUUCGGAGCAGACGGAUUCGAGGAUUCGAAGGGCGCUGUUGAGAGUCGCUGCUGGUCAGCUUGGAAGACGCAUGGAGACAAUGGUUCUGCCAUUGGAGUUGCUACAACAGUUUAAGUCUUCAGAUUUUCCGAAUCAACAAGAAUAUGAAGCUUGGCAGAGGAGAAAUUUGAAGGUUUUAGAAGCAGGAUUGCUUCUACAUCCUUACCUGGCACUUAAUAAGACAGACAGUGCCCCUAAACGACUCCGGAUGAUCAUUCAAGAGGCCUUAGAGAAACCCAUUGAGACCGGAAAGAACAGCGAGUCGAUGCAAGCUCUCCGCAGUGUUGUUAUGUCUCUUGCUUGCAGAUCAUUUGAUGGUUCGGGUUCUGAUACAUGCCACUGGGCAGAUGGGUGCCCGUUGAACCUCAAGCUGUACCAAAUGCUCCUGGAAUCAUGUUUUGAUGUGAAUGACGAAACAUGUGUGAUUGAAGAGGUUGAUGAGGUUUUAGAACUAUUAAAGAAGACCUGGGUAAUCCUUGGAAUAAACCAAAUGCUGCAUAAUCUUUGUUUCUCAUGGGUUUUAUUUCACCGUUAUGUUAUAACUGGCCAAAUAGAGAAUGACCUGCUGUUUGCAUCCAGUAAUCUACUGGCAGAAGUUGAAAAUGAUGCCAAGGCAACAACCGAUUCUGUUUACUCUAAGAUCUUGAGUUCUACACAGAGUUCAAUAUUGGGUUGGACUGAGAAAAGACUCCUUUCUUAUCGAGAUAUUUUUCAUACCGGCAAUAUUGAAUCAAUGCAAAGCAUUGUCUCCCUGGGGGUUUUAUCGGCAAAGAUAUUGGUACAAGAUAUUUCUCACGACUAUCACAGGAAGAGAAGAGAAUUUGAUGUGGCUCGUGACAGGGUUGACACUUAUAUAAGAUCCUCACUGCGGAAUGCUUUUGCUCAGAGACUUGAAAAAGUGAAAUCCAGAAAGCGUUCAUCUAAGAACCAAAAAAACCAUCUUCCUCUCCUUUCCAUCCUUGCACAAGACAUUAGUGAACUUGCUUUUAGUGAGAAGGCUAUAUACAGCCCAGUUUUGAAGAGAUGGCACCCUCUUGCAGCAGGUGUUGCUGUGGCUACCCUUCAUUCUUGCUAUGGGAAUGAGCUGAAACAGUUUGUCACGGGUAUUAGUGAGCUGACGCCUGAUGCUAUACAAGUGCUGAGAGCGGCUGACAAAUUGGAGAAAGAUCUUGUGCAGAUUGCUGUUGGAGAUGCAGUGGAUAGUGAUGAUGGUGGGAAAUCCAUCAUUAGGGAGAUGCCUCCUUAUGAGGCUGAAGCUGCAAUUGGCAAUCUGGUGAAGGCUUGGAUAAAAACAAGAGUGGACAGACUGAAGGAAUGGGUUGACAGGAAUCUACAACAAGAGGUAUGGAAUCCACGAGCAAAUAAAGAGCACUUUGCUCCGUCUGCAAUUGAAGUUCUACGCAUUAUUGAUGAUACUUUAGAAGCAUUCUUUUUGUUGCCAAUACCCAUGCAUUCAAUCUUGCUUCCUGAAUUGAUGACUGCUCUUGACAGAUGUCUCCAAUACUAUGCAUCGAAGGCCAAGUCUGGAUGUGGGUCCCGAGGUACAUUUGUUCCGACUCUGCCUUCUUUGACAAGAUGUUCAACAGGAUCAAGAUUUCAUGGUGUAUUCCGGAAGAAGGACAAGACAAAUUUAACACAUAGGCGAUCCCAAGUUGGCACUACAAAUGGGGAUAACUCCUUUGGGAUACCCCAACUUUGCGUUCGCAUCAAUACCUUGCAGCUUAUUCGAAUGGAAUUGGGAGUUUUUGGGAAGAGGAUAGUUGCCCAUCUUGGUAAUUUAGAAUCUAAUGGUGUAGAUGACAUUGCAAAUCGGAUGGGAAAAAUGUUUGAGCUUUCAGAAUCUGCUUGUGUGGAAGGAAUCCAACAACUUUGUGAAGCAACAGCAUACAAGGUAGUCUUCCAUGAGCUAAGUCAUGUUCUCUGGGAUGGUUUGUACAUCGGCGAUGUUUCGUCUUCCAGGAUUGAGCAGUUCCUUCAGGAGCUUGAGCAAUAUUUGGAGAUUAUUUCAUCAACGGUGCAUGAUAGGGUCAGAACACGUGCUAUUACUGAUAUAAUGAAAGCUUCCUUAGAUGGUUUCCUGUUGGUUUUACUUGCUGGUGGUCCGUCUCGUGGUUUCACGCUGCAAGAUUCUGGCAUAAUAGAAGAGGACUUCAAGUUUCUUACAGAUCUGUUCUGGUCCAACGGAGAUGGAUUGCCAUCUGAGUUGAUACAAAAAUUUUCGAAAGUAGUGAAAAAUGUUCUUCCCCUGUAUCAUACAGAUACCGAAAGCCUAAUUGAACAGUUCAAACGUGCUACUUUGGAGAACUUUGGCUCUUCUGCUAAAUCCAGGCUUCCUUUGCCUCCAACUUCAGGACAGUGGAAUCCAACUGAACCAAACACGCUUCUCCGAGUUUUGUGUUAUCGGAACGAUGAGGCUGCUGCAAAGUUUCUUAAGAAGACUUACAACUUGCCCAAGAAACUAUAACUUGGAUCUUGAAAAGAGAGAGGGGGAGGAUGCAGUUCAUAGCUUCGAUCAGGUUCCACGUCUCAUUUACAGCUUUAACAUAUUUAUUAUCUAAUAAUGAAUCUACCCUAGAAAAAUGAGUUUCAAAAAUACAAGUCUUUUGGAGGCUGUUUAUAGCAAAGCUGCCCAAGUUAGAGGAUAAUCUCAUGCUUGGGGAUACUUUUGGAAUUUCAUUAAUCUCAGGGAAGGAGGCAUCAAGUAUUGGUUGAAAUUCUUUCCCCUUUGUGUACAUUCUUUUUCCUCACACGGUAAAGCGUAAACUGACAAACUGAACGAUACGGAGAGAGAAGUUUGUUUAAUUGCUUGGUAAGUUGAGAGGAACUGUUUUGAUUGAUUUUAAACUUGUUUUCCACAGUGCUGUUGAAGGAUUGAGCAUUCUUACAGGAUUAGUUGUAUAUUAAAUAUUUUGAUAUGUAAUU